UGAGGAUGAUACUGAGAGCAUUGACGAUAUUCAAGAAGCCUAUGAUCAAUUAGUUGAAGAAUUUCUCAAGGAAAAGAAGAAAGUGCAUGUAUUGACCACGAGGCUAAAAAUGAGUGAAGAAGAAAACCAAGCACUCCAUGUGGACUUAGUUAACUUUAAAGCUAAUAAUUGUUGGCUUCAAGAAGAGAUUUAG